AUCAUAAGCCACACAUCUGAGGCUCCUGGCAGCCAUGGCAAAAAGUGCUCCCAGAUGCAAACAGCGCCCCCACGUGACCUGCGCCGCCCGGCUCCGCCCAGGUGGCGCCCAUCGUCAUCACCCUCGCCUCAUCCUCGGGUUUAUCCCUGGGGGAGGGGGGCUGAGAGGGGCGGGGCAGAGAGAUUCCACAGCUGGGCCCACAGUGGGCAUGGAGGCGGCACAAGCUCGUGACUUGACGCGCCGGCAGGAACUUCUGGCGCCACCUUGUCUGGACACCGAGUCGCUCCGGAAGAGUCGACCCCCCGCGCUGGAGCCUGGAGCCCUGAGAUGCCUCACUCCCAAUGGCAGGUCUCUGUGGCCUGCGUGCCAGGACUCGGUCAGCACCGCAUUGCCUUUCCUCCAAGAGAAAGAAAAGGGGCUGCCGGGUUCUUCUUCGACGGCCACCCAGGUCCUGGGGUCGUGCUGGGAGCUGAUGGUCAUAGGGAUGUCAGACCACCUGAGUAUGGCCAGGAAUCCCAGGAGCACACAGUGCCCCAACCUGGAAACUUCCAAUGCUAUUUCUCCCACCUCACUUCAGAGAAGACCACGGAAGCAGCUGAACCCGCGAAUGGGUAUUGAGAAGGUGGACCCCAGGUUCAAGGGGGUAACUCUGGAGUUCCAGAUCCAGCCGGAUUCUAGCCUCCAGAUCGUACCCACCUACAGGGAGAACAUAUAUGCCAUGUGUGUGUGCAUGUGCACACAUAUAGCUUGCCUGGCAGAAGUUGCUCACAGAAGCUCCCUGCAAGCCCUUCCAAGGCCAUUGCCAGCUCGGGAAGCACCGAGGCCCUGGGGCCCAGGCGGUGUGCUUCUUGUAGGACCCAGAGGACUCCACUCUGGAGAGAUGCUGAAGAUGGGACCCCCCUCUGCAAUGCCUGUGGCAUCAGGUACAAGAAAUAUGGCACCCGUUGUUCCAGUUGCUGGCUGGUCCCAAGGAAAAGCAUCCAGCCCAAAAGGCUGUGUGGCAGGUGUGGGUUGUCCCAGAACCCCCACCUAGGCCCAACUCAGGAACUGUAAGCCCUUCUUUAUCUAGCCAAGUCAGUUUUGUCUCAGUUUCUCUAGCAGGGACAAUGGAUAGACCACCUUGGAGGCUGGCAGGGAUCCCAGUGGGAGAGUCAGGCCUCAGGCCCAGAGUCCCACCUGUGAGGGUCACCCACCCUCUGGCUUCCCCUUCCCCACUCAGUCUUGGAUGAACCCCAAAUAAAAGAAAAAUCAUUUCAGAAA